AAAUACAAAGAAUAUUCAUGGAGCAAGCGAGAGAGUUGAGCAGUGCGUCCUCGAUGGUGGACCGAUUUCUGACUACUUAAUCGACUGGAAUUCAAGUGAUGCAUUUUCUUCAUCGAGGAUCUGGAGCUAUUCAACUGAAUUUUCGAUUUCUUCGUCAUGGAAGGUGUCAUGGAAGGUGGGUCACCGGACCAGGAAUCAGUAGUGUCAGGGACCAAAAAGUCAAGUAUUUCUUCCGGUGGUAGGGUUCGGGAGGAGUUCCUUCAUAGAUUUUGCGACAGUCAAAUCUUGACUGCAAAUCUUGAAGACUGGUUUCAAAGUUUAGCAGAAAAUUCAUAUGACUUUGAUGUUCCUUUUGAGUUGAUAGAUCUUCAAAAGUUUGAUUAUGCAUUGGAAGGGGUUUCUUUUCAGCAGCUGAUUCGGAUGCCCAGUGCUGGUUAUGCAUCACCAUCAGGCACGAUGGAAGCUACUGCUUUUCUUGCUAUAGAAGAUUUUCUACAUGCAAGUGUAAAGGGGUUAUGGGAGGCAUUUUGGAACCAAGAUGAGCCCAUGCCUUUAUCUGUUGCCUGUCUUUAUGACGCAAAUUUAAAAUUCUAUCAGGCUGAGAAAGCCAUUGCUAAUGGAAAACUUGGAGGUCUGUGUGCCACAGCCGUAAUGCUCAAUAACCCUAGACACCCACAUGGUAAAUGGCAUGAUAUUCUCGAGUUGGCCCUUUUAAGGCCCGGUAUCGAAAGCCUCGCAAGGGAAAACGAUGUCACGUUUCCUUCGUUAUCUGUUUUGGGCGAAGCCCUGUUCUAUGCUGUACGUAUUUUAUUGUCAAGAAGUCUCCGGAGAUCGAAAAAUCCGUCAAGUUUAAGUUCUGUAUUCGUUAUUCUGGCCGAUUGUCAAUAUGGCGGUGUUGUAAAAGUUGAAGGAGAUUUGACCAAAAUGGAGUUUGACGUUAAUAAUGUGUAUCAAUGUGCUGCUGAAUGGAUCGAGAAUCAUUCGCGAGUUUCAGUCACUCCUUUCGAUAGGAUCUGGAACAAGCUUGGAAAUGCCAAUUGGGGGGAUAUCGGUGCUUUACAGGUACUUUUUGCUACUUUCCAUUCAAUGGUUCAGUAUGCUGGAAUGCCCAACAACUCGAUUGAAGAUUUAGCUGCUGAUCACAGUUCUCGUCUUCAAUCAAGAAGAAACGAGAGGCGGUUAGGGGAAAUCGGAAUAAAUGGAAACGGUCUAUUCAAACUCCAGCAACGUAGCAUUUCCCCAGAAAUUGUUGAAAUCCAGGAAGAGCCUGUUAUUAUUGAGCCCCGAAGAUCAAUUAAACUCGAAGUAGGAUCUAUUUUGCUGGUGGAGGAUUCAAAUUGGCAAAAAAGUUAUCAGAUCAACCAAGUUCUAAGUGACGGUGAAAUGCCGUAUUACGUUGCUUCUUCAGUUGACGACCCAGGAAAGGCCCUGUUUCUAUAUGUAGGUUCACAUCCAUCUCAACUCGAACCAGCAUGGGAAGAUAUGAAGUUAUGGUAUCAGGUCCAGCGACAAACUAAAGUAUUUUCCGUUAUGAAACAUAAUGGUUUAUCCAGCAAGUAUUUGCCGGAAUUAGUCAUCUCCGGCAGGAUAGUUCAUCCUGGCCAAUGCCGGAAACCAAACUCUGGUGGAAACUGUGACAAUCCAUGGUGUGGGACCCCGAUUCUCGUGACAACUCCAGUUGGCAAAACAGUAGCCGAAAUGGUCAAUUUGGGUCAAUUUGGACCCGAUGAAGCCAUUAGAUGUUGCCAAGAUUGCUUAUCUGCUCUCUCGACCGCCGCCUCUGCUGGCAUUCGGCAUGGUGACAUUAGACCUGAAAACAUCAUCUGUGUGACAUCUGGCGUGAUCCCGCAACCUUACUUUGUUCUAGUUGGGUGGGGCCACGCAAUUUUGGAGGAACGAGAUCGGCCCGCUAUGAAUCUCCAUUUCUCAUCCACAUACGCCCUUCAAGAAGGCAAACUAUGUUCGGCUUCCGAUGCAGAAAGUCUCGUUUAUUUGCUUUAUUUUUCCUCUGGGGGUGAUUUACCCGAUUUGGAUUCUGUUGAAGGAGCAUUGGAAUGGAGAGACACCUUCUGGUCAAAAAGAUUGAUUCAGCAAAAACUUGGAGAAAUAUCUGCAGUUCUGAAAGCAUUUGCUGAUUAUGUGGAUAGUCUGUGUGGGACCCCGUAUCCGAUGAAUUACGAAAUUUGGCUCAGAAGAUUGAAGAGACAUCUCCACGAAAACGGAAAGGAGAUCAACCCAUCGAGUUAAAAAAUAAGGGAAAAGUAAGAACCGAACUUCCAGAUUUGAACGAGAUCGAGAACGGAAACGGGAAAUCGAGGGGUAUUUUUAAUGUAAGUUUGGUUCUUGAUGUUGCAUGAUUUGUUGAGAAGAUAGAGGUAUAUAUAUGGUAAAGUUGACCU